AUGUGGUUAGAAGAAACAAUAACUCACUAUGAAUUAACACGUGAACUUGGUAAAGGUGGUUUUGCUACGGUUCAUGAAGCACGUAAAAAAUCCGAUGGACGUCUUGUGGCUUGUAAAAUGAUUGAUAGAGGAAAACUUGAACAAGAAAAUGUUCAUAAUCAUCCUUCAUAUGGUAAUCAUCGUUAUUUAUUACCUAGUUCACGUUCAACAUCAUUAGUUGAAAGAUUAAAUGCUGAAUUAACUAUUCAUCAUCAAGUUCAUCAUUGUAAUAUAGUUGAAUUAAUAAAUUAUUUUACCGAUGAUAAAUAUGUUUAUUUAAUCCUUGAACUUUGUUCUGGUGGUGAUCUAGAACGUUAUUUAAAAGAAAAAAAAUCACUCAGUGAAUCAGAAACACAACAUAUUGUCAAACAAGUUGUUAACGGUCUUGUUUAUUUACACAAUCAUAGAAUCAUUCAUCGAGAUAUAAAACUUUCUAAUUUACUUUUAACUGAUACAUAUGAAGUCAAAAUAGCUGAUUUUGGUUUAGCUAAAAAAAUACAAUUAGCACGUGAUCAAAACAAUGAAACAAUGUGUGGUACACCAAAUUAUAUUUCUCCUGAAAUUGCAAGUCGUACUCCGCAUAGUUAUGCAACUGAUGUAUGGUCAUUAGGAAUUCUUAUUGCAACUCUAUUAACUGGACAUCCUCCUUUUGAUACAGAUACUGUUCAUGGAACAUUAAAAAAAGUAACACAUGAAAAAUAUGAAUUACCAAGAACAUUCAGUGAAGAAGCGCAAGAUCUUGUUAAUCGUACAUUAACAAAAAAAGCUGAAUUACGACCAAAUAUAAAAGAAAUUCGAGAUCAUCCAUUUUUUUCAAAAGAUUUUUCACAUUCAUCUCAAUCGAAUAAUUAUAAAUAUGCAUUAUGGGGACCAGCAGUUGAUAGAUCACAUGAUAGUGGUUUUGUUGAAAAUAUUGGACAACAACGUUCAACAAUUAGUACAACUUCAAACAGUACAUCCAUAGCAAAAGGAACAUUUAUUCCACGUCUCUAUUCACCCAAUCCAAUAUCUCCUCCAGCUCAAUCACAUUAUAAAGAACCGAACUAUAAUAUAACAUCUGCUUCCAAUAAAAUGUUUGAAUAUUAUCCUACCCAUCCUUCACAACAACAACUACAGCAACAACAGUCUAUCAAUACAGCACACAAUUCAUCAUUGGAUACAUCUUCACGAUACAAUGAUUAUAAUCCAAAUGGAACAAUGAAUAUAACGGAUCAUCGUCCAACUAGUGCUUCAUCAUCAGUUCGAUCUCAAGAUAGUGGUGUACCACAAUCGGAUCCAAAAACUUCUAUUGAUUGUAGUGCAAAAUCGGAAGCAAGUCUAAAAGUUUUAUAUAGUCAUGAUGAUAACACAGCAACUGUAUUACCAAAUCGAUUGCCAAAAUCAAAUUCUCAUCAACAUUUAUUAAAUUCUCAACAACAAGAACAAGCUUUCGAUAUAAAUCCUGAACAAAUACGUGAAAAACUUCAACCAUUAAAUACACAAAGAUUAAAAACACUUCGUCAAGCAACUAAAACAUUAAUUAUGAGUAUUAUGGAUAAUGGUGAAGUUGUACUUGAAAGUAUACGUCCCAAACUUCCUAAACGUCGUGUUUUUGAUGUAUUUCGUGUAUCCGCCGAUGGUUUACAUAUAAUAACCUAUAGUCCAAAUAGUCGUCACGGUACACAAGCAGGUGAUCAACCUCCGCCAAUUCCACGUGAAAAAAGUUCCUAUCAAGAAUAUCAUUUCGAUAGAUUACCAUCUGAAUAUUGGAAAAAAUAUCAAUAUGCUCAUAAAUUUGUAACAUUAGUUCGAUCACGUGUGCCAAAAAUAAUUCUUUAUACAUCCGAUGCUAAAUGUUCAUUAAUGGAAACAGGUGUUGAUUUUGAAGCUAUAUUUUUAUGUGGAGUUAAAAUAACAAUAUAUCGUGAAAAUGUUAAAUCUGAUGAUCCAUUAAAAAUAAAAAUUAUUAAUAAUAUUGAUAAAUCAGAAUCAUUAUUAGAAUAUGAUCGUAUUACAACACCAAAUGUAUCUGCUAUCGAACACUUCAGUCCGGAAAUACGACAAAUUAUUGAUAAAACAAUUAUGUGUUAUAAAUUUUGUUUAACGAAAGAUAAAGUUCUUGAAGAAGGUCAAAAACAAUAUCCAUCUAUUCAAGUUUUUCCUGUUCAAUUUGGAAAGAAGCAUGUACAACCAGAUAUUAAUAGACCAAAUACUCCAUGUACAAAUACUCGAACUGUUAUAAAUAGAUUUGGUGGUUCAUCAACAGCCAUAAAUGAACCACGUAUAAUAUCUUCAUCAUCAUUUGGUCCUUGUACGCCUAUGUUAUCUACUCGACCGGAAUUUAGUUCUGAUAUUGAUCUUCGAAAAGGACGGAAUUCUUCAACUUCAACAGCUACACAAUCAUCAACAAAUAUUUUACGUAAUAAUAUUCAACAUUCAAAUUCAUCAUCAACAUUACGUUCAAAUGAUUCAAAUCCUCAAGUAACUUAUAUGCCUCCAUCAUCUAUACCAAUAACAAUUCCUCGUUCACAAUCAGUCCAACCAUAUUCAGAUAGUUUAUCUAGUUCAUCUUUUUCUACUAAUCGUCCAACAUCAGUUAGUUCAACACUAACUGCUGGAUCAUUAUCAGGAAGGCCAAUUGGAACGAAUCAUAAAUCAUUAACUCGAGAACGGAUUACUCAAUAUGAUGACGGAACUUUUCAUGUAGAAUUUAGUGAUGGUAGUCAGUUGCUUAUUCGUGCUGAUUCUCAUGAUAAACAAAUAUUUAUUGAUGCUCAAGGUAAAUCCUAUUCAUUUGAUCGACGACAACCACAUCAAUCAGAUGCAAUUCAAGAGCGCUUAGCACUCUUCUAUCAUCAAGAUGAAUCUGCUUCAGUUGAUAGAAACAUUUCUCAAUAA